AUGAGAGACACUGGUCGUCUCUUUGUAAUCGGCGUAAUACUACUAAUAUGCUUCAUCGCAUACAGCAGCCAAAUAUUUAUAUUCUGGGAUUACCUUGGUGGUCUGAACGUCGAGUGUCUAAAAGUACUAGGGCCAUUUAAUUUUUUCGUGUUGAGUAUAUUUUGGAAUUAUUACUUAACAUGUACAACUGAUCCGGGAAAGGUGCCGAUCGAUUGGACUCCAUCAGAUCAAGAUGGAAUAGAAAUGAAAAAAACAACACACGCACCACGAUAUUGUCGAACAUGCAAAAAUUAUAAACCGCCACGAUCACAUCAUUGUAAAACCUGUAAAAGAUGUGUGCUCAAAAUGGACCAUCAUUGUCCAUGGACAAACAAUUGCGUCGGUCACCACAAUUACGGACACUUUAUCCGUUUCAUAUUCUGGAUUGAUGUCGCGUGUAUUUUUCACUUCAUAUUACUAAUAAAAUCUACAUUUCACAUAAUCGAAGAAUUGUCGUAUAUUCGGUACGACGACACAGAAGCAGAACCAAGCAUAACGAAAACAAUAUUCAUCGUACUGAACUUUGUUGCGUGUCUUCCCGUAUUGUUUGGCGUUGGCCCGUUGAGUCUCUACCAUUUUUAUUGUGUGUGUUCGAAUAUGAGUACCAUUGAAAGUUGGGAAAAGGAAAAAGUUGCCACGAUGGUUAGACGUGGAAAAAUUAAAGAGAUCAAAUAUCCAUACGACAUUGGUAUACUUGCAAACAUUAAAUCAAUACUCGGUGACAAUCCGAUACUUUGGUAUAAAACACGAACAUGGCCACCCAAAGACCCCGACAGCAAACCACCCGCGAUAAUCCCACCAAAACCAUGGGACAUUUACAAUCCACAGCACUUACGACAACAGGUCAAUACCGCUUCUCAUCAUUAUUAUAAACAACGACGACACUAUAACAGUAAUCAGCAACAACGCGACAGUAAUGAAAGAGGAGGGAGUGGAGGAUACGUAAUAAGUGAUAUUUCUUUGGAAGAGCGUCAAUUAGGGAUUCAUCUGUAUUCGACAGAAAGUGAAUUUACGGAUGAAGAUUUAAGUGACGAUGACGACUUAGAGGAUAUAGAUGAAGUUAAUAAAUAUAAUGGUGAUCAUGUUGAUGAAUUUGAUGAUGAAAAUUAUCCAGAAUAUAUUGGUGUUGGAAGAGGUGAUAAUGAUAAUACUAGUAAUAUAGAUUCGCAAUUGAUAUCGCAACAACAGCAAAGACAACAUCCUCGUUACUCUUCUCACCCGUACAAAAAUUACUCUUCAAGAAACAAUGUUAAUCGAUCCUCGCAUACCAAUUAUAAUAACAAUUGGUAUACAAAGACACGAACACGAUCAGCAAAUAGUUAUACCAAUUAUAAUAAUGAAGAAAAGGACGAUGAUGAUGAUAUGCCAAUUGGAAUGAUGAUUGCACAAAAACAAUUGCAAGCAAUGAACACUAAUUCAAUAACACAAUCAUCGACAACAGCAUUAUCUCCGAAAUCUAUCGUGUCUGAAAUCACAUCUUCAUUGAUUGGAGAAAAACGAGAAUCAACGGUAGGAGAGAAAAUUGAGAAACUUGAUUAA